AUGGAUAAAAAGGCAUUGUUAAAAUUAGAUAACGGUAUAGAAGUUGAAUUGCCGAUAUUAAGUGGAACUGCAGGUCCUGGUGUAUUAAGUGUAAAAGAUUUAUACAAAACAACAGGGCUGUUUACUUAUGACCCAGGGUUUGUUUCCACAGCAUCAUGUUCUUCUUCAAUUACAUUUAUCGAUGGGAAUGAAGGAAUAUUAAAAUACAGAGGAUUUGAUGUUAAUCAUCUAGCAGAAAAUUACGAUUUUACAUCAGUUAUUCAUCUAUUACUCUAUGGUACGUUACCAACUCCAGAACAACAUAAAGAAUUUCUCUUAAAAACACAUAAAGUAUCAGAGCAAGUUGUAAACGUUAUUAAGGCAUUUCCUAAUAGUGCUCACCCUAUGUCGAUUCUAAUUGCAUGUUUUGCAAGUUUAGCUGCAUCCUAUCAUGAGCAGUAUGGUAAUAAUGUUAAUAGUCAAGAUCUAAAUUUUGGUAUUUCUGCGAUAUUACAAGUGCCCGUUAUUGUUGCAAUGAUCUAUAGACAUAUUAAUGAUCAAGAAUUCAUAAAUGCAGAUAGCGAAUCAAGCUAUAGUGGAAAAUUUUUGAAGAUGAUGUUUAACAGUAGUGAAAAAAUUCAUCUAUUUACUAAAGCCUUAGAUAAAAUAUUCACUCUGCAUGCUGACCAUGAACAAAACGCUUCUACAGCUUCUGUGAGGCUUUCAGGAUCUGCAGGCUCCAAUUUGUUUGCAUCCCUUGCUGCAGGAGUAACAGCACUUUGGGGACCAGCACAUGGCGGCGCCAAUGAAGCAGUGAUAAACAUGCUCAAGGAACUAGAGCAAAGUGGAAAUGUAGAUCAGUUUGUUAUAAAAGCUAAAGAUGAUAAAGACCCAUUCAAGUUAAUGGGGUUUGGACAUCGUGUAUAUAAAAAUUAUGAUCCACGUGCACGGAUAUUGAAAGAUACUUGCCAUGAAAUCCUAGGUAAGUCAGCACAAAAUAAUAAGCUAUUAGAAAUUGCAGUGAAACUCGAAGAAAUAGCUUUAAAAGAUGAAUAUUUUAUUGAACGGAAAUUAUAUCCAAAUGUCGAUUUUUAUUCAGGUAUAAUAAUGACUGCUAUGGGGAUACCUUCAAGAAUGUUUACGCCAAUCUUUGCUCUUGCAAGAACCACAGGUUGGGUUGCCCAAUGGUAUGAGAUGGUGCGUGAUAAAGAAACAAAAAUUUAUAGGCCAAGACAAUUAUAUACCGGUGAAUAA